AGGAGAUCCCGUCAGGACGCAGGAAGUGCUUGUUGUCACCCAGAAUAACUUCCCCAGUCCCGGUCUCCACUCCCUCGUGCUGUGCGGAUAGCUGUCCCCGGGGGGAUCGCCCGUACACCGUGACCGGAGCCAGCAGCGGGCGCCAUGCAGGAUCCAAAUGCCGACACAGAGUGGAAUGAUAUUUUACGUAAAAAGGGCAUCAUUCCUCCAAAAGAGACCCCAAAGGAUGAGGAGGCAGAAGAAGAAGAUGUCCUUCAGCAACAGUCAGUAGUUAAGACAUAUGAAAACAUGACACUGGAGGAGCUGGAAGAAAAUGAAGAUGACUUUAAUGAGGAAGAUGAGCAUGCCAUAGAACUAUACAGGCGGCAACGAAUGGCUCAGUGGCAAGCAACUCAAGUGAAAAAUAAAUUUGGCGAGUUGGGAGAAAUAUCAGGACAGGAUUACGUCAAAGAAGUGACAGAAGCAGGCAAAGGCAUUUGGGUCAUUUUGCAUCUUUAUAAGCCAGGAAUCCCAAUAUGCACUCUGAUCAAUCAGCACCUAGCUAUACUCGCUACAAAGUUUAAAGAUGUGAAAUUCCUAAAAGCCAUUUCUACAACUUGUAUUCCUAACUAUCCUGAUAAGAAUCUGCCCACCAUAUUUGUAUACCUUGAUGGAAACAUUCAAGCUCAGUUCAUCGGGCCACUUGUGUUUGGUGGCAUGAAGCUUACCAAAGAUGAAUUAGAGUGGAAACUUGCUGAGUCUGGUGCCAUCAAAACAGAUCUUGAGGAAAAUCCACGAAAGCAGAUUCAGGACCAGCUUAUGACUUCCAUUCGUACUUGUAUGCCCACCAGAAAAGACAGUGAUUCCGACGACGAUUGAUGUACUUUGUGUGGUUUUCCAUCCAGUGUAACUGACCUCUGAACUCCAUGUUUCUUCUGUGUUAAUUCUGGCAGAAGUUGUUUUUAAACUCUUCUGAUCAGAUACCGUAGGCCCAGUUCAUUCUAUUGUGCCUAACUGGACUUCCUCACAGUUACUUUAGAGAAGUGGAAUUACUGCAGAGGCCUUCAUCACAUUGUUUUUAGUGAAAAUUCAAAGUACAAAUCAGGCAAAAUCUAAGCUGCAACAUCAUGCAUUCUGAUUCAUUUUUACUCUCCACAAAAUGUUAUGCUGAUGUACAACCAUGUACUUCAUGCUUUAUAAAAUAAGUCACUUUU